AUGACAUCUUGGCCAGGAACUCGGGGGGCUCGUGUAUCGCCGGCUUCUUUGAAGGGAGCAAUUUGGUCGGAUACCAGGAGUGAAGGCUAUACACCCAGCAAUCUUUUAUCUGAGGAGAGGUCGCUCAUCCAAUGGGACUCGCUAUGGAUCAACGAUGAACAGGCCCCGAGCUCCCCUUCCUCGGGCACACUGCAGCCGCCGUAUCCGCGUUAUCCAGGAGCUUCGCCACCUACCACGAUACCCACGGUCCCUCUUGAUGCGGCUCAUGGGUUAGAAGAUGCUGGUGCCAGCGGAGAAGCAGGAGAUGAGCCCAAGACAUCGAAUACCGUGCGACAAGGAGAUCACUCUCCACCAUUAUCGCCGCAUUCUCAAACUUUUGAUCAUGCGCCUGUAAAUGCAGGCAACAGCAUCACUCGACUUGAAAAAAUCUUCGAAGAAAUUCAUCUCUUGCAGCAACAAGUCCGUACCAAACGCUUGCGGGUCCGAGACCUUCGCCGUGCGCUACGGCGCAAACGGGAGGAGGAGGAUUACCUCCGACUCGUACUACGCGAGAAACUGAGUUGGCUAUCUCCAGAGGCUAUCCACCAGCAAGCUUCAACAAUAAACAAAGCCAUCGACGACCUAAAAGCCGCCACGGAACUUUACCGUAUUCUCGAAAAUGACUACCACAGGAUCGAAGAUGAGCUUGAUAAAGAAGAGAAUGUCCUAGACAAGCGCAUGACAAAACUAAACAAGAUUCUGCGUAAACAAGCUACAUCAAGAAAAGAUCAGAAUCAAGUUGUUGAUUUAGACUCGAACCUCUCUUCAGACUCUUCUUCCACCGAUGCCGACGCCGAUCCCAACCAGCUUUCAUCCAAGGCUGCAGAAUACCUCACCCUAGUUGGGGAGAUUCACCUUCUCCGCGAACAGCUCCGAGAUCUAGAAUCGGAAUAUAUGAAUAUAUUAAACCAAGCACAUCUUCGCGAGCGCAUCGGCAUCUCCCUUGAUCAGGGAGCACUCUCCUUCCUUGCAAACUACGAAGACGCAAAGGCGAAAACCCAAGCCGGGAUACACUUUGCAAUCCGCCGACUAAUAGCGCACCCCGAACACGAGAAUCAUCCCGAAGCAGUUGUGCUCGAUGAACAAUGGGAUCAAGUUAUAGCAGACUUUCAACCCCAGUCUCCAGACAACCAACCACCACGAGAUCCAUUGCGACUGACCGAGUUCGAGGACCGGUCGCCGUUCUUUGAAGAGGGACGUCCUGUGCCCUUGAACAAGUUUACGUUUGUGAAUCGAUGGCUGCUGCAUCAGCUACGUCAUUCCAGGUUUGAGGUUUUGCAAUUUAAGACGGAUCCCGGGUUGAUGGGUCUCGUGGAUGAGGGCUGGGAUGGUGAUAGUAUUAGCCAGAUGGCUUUGAUGCUGUGGUUUCGUGAUGAGACGAAUGGAAUGGUACCGGUGAGACAUGAACCUGUUCAAUAA